AUGCGUGCCCCUAGACUCACCACCAUGGUGCUUGCGCUCGCCGGCGGGUUGGGCGACCUGCCUGCGGUGUAUGCUGCUGUGGUGAUCGGAAGAAGCUUCAGUAGCGACGGCAGCUACAGAGGCAUGUCCAUUGUCUCGGACGACAGCUACUGGAUCAGGUCUUCGAGGGGCAAAUCGACGACGGUCGAAGUCAAGUCAUCGACCUCGGGGAUCGCGGGGAAACUUGCCGUCGGCGGCGUGGUGGUGAGUGGCAUUGCCGGACUUGCAUACGGCUUCCUCGACCGGCUGGCCGCCACUCUCGUGGAGGGGCUCUACGUGUACGAGAGAGACUCGGGAGCGACGGCGUGCGUGCAGGUAUCGGUGAGCAACAGCUUCCACACGGCCCGCGUCGCCGUGUCGGACGACGUCAGACGUUGCGUCGUCGACCAGAUGACGGUGGCAAUUACGAACCACGGCUAUCUGGGCGGCGAUGACUUUGUGAAUUGCCCCUACACGUGCGAUGGGAACGCGGCCGGGUAUUACAGGAUGAAGGUUUCGUCCUUGCCCCAAGGCGACUAUCACAAGCUGUUCUUCAACAUGGCUCUCACGUCGCUGCUCACAUACGUCAACCAGACGGGUGUGUUGCCGACAUCGUCCAGGAACGUCAAGAGACUGGACAUAAUCAACCCGCCAGGCAGGGCAGAGUGCGCCUUCGAACCGAGCUAUAAGCUUGAUACGAUUGGCGAGCUGGAUUUCGCCGUGACGGGUCCCGUGAGCGUGGAAUGCGGCUUGUUCAAGGAUGUCGACUACACUUGA